AUGAAGUAUACGACCAUCCUAGUCCUAGUGGCGCAACUCGCGGCGUCAGCAGCGGCUCUAAAGCUCGUUCCCCGAGAAAACCCCGCAGUAGUUCGACUCGACACCCAGCGCCGAAAUGUCAUUAACCCAAUCGCCCACGACCAGUUACGGAGACGGCAAAGUGUUGUCCAACAAACACUCGACAACCUGGAGACGCUCUACUUUGCCAAUGCAAGCAUGGGCACGCCGCCGCAGAACUUCCGGUUACACAUCGACACGGGGAGUAGCGAUCUCUGGGUCAAUUCGGCCAAUUCAAAUCUGUGCGCCCAGGGCGGGAACCAGUGCGGCCAAUCGGGCAUUUACAACGCGAAUGACUCUUCGACAUACAAAUACGUCAACAGCGUUUUCAACAUCUCCUACGUAGACGGCUCAGGCGCAUCCGGCGACUAUGCCACAGAUACCUUCCGCAUUGGCGGAACAACAGUUCGCAACCUGCAAUUCGGUAUCGGAUACGUAUCGAGCUCACCAGAAGGAAUUCUCGGCAUCGGAUACACCAUCAACGAAGUCGCUGUAGGCCGGGCAGGACUACAACCCUACCCUAACCUACCUCAAAAAUUGGUCGACGACAAGACCAUCAAGACAAACGCAUACUCACUCUGGUUGAACGAUUUGGACGCAUCGACUGGAAGCAUUUUGUUUGGUGGUGUCGAUACCGACAAGUUCUCCGGCGAACUCCAGACCCUACCAAUCAUCCCCGACCGAGGAGAAUUUGCCGAGUUCAUCAUCGCCUUGACCGGCAUGGGCAUGAACGGCAAGAACGGCUCCCUCUUCGAAAACGACAAUGUACCCGUCUUGCUCGAUUCUGGCUCCUCGUUGAUGUACCUUCCCGAUGCUGUUGUUAGAUCUCUAUACUCGACUUUCAACGCCCGCUACGACUCUUCGCAAGGCGCUGCUUUUGUGGACUGUAAAUUAGCGGACCAGCAAGGUUCGGUCGAUUUCAACUUCUCCGGUGUCAUGAUAUCCGUCCCAAUCAACGAACUCGUCAUUGUAGCUGCCGUUAGUCGAGGACAGCCUGUCUGUAUUUUGGGCAUCGCACCAGCUGGAAACUCUGUAUCCGUCCUCGGCGACACCUUCCUUCGAUCCGCCUACGUCGUCUACGAUCUCGCCAAUAACGAAAUUUCCCUAGCUCAGACAAACUUCAACGCCACCACAGAAAACGUCCAGGAAAUUCAAUCUGGAACUGGUGGUGUACCCAACGCGAAAGCUGUUGCUGGAGCCAUCUCCACGGCUGCUGUCGGUACCGGCGGACCCAGGGUCAAUGGCCCUAGCGUCACCGGUGGUGCAGGUGGCAGCAUUAGCUCGUCCACGGGCGCAGCCGUGCCCUACGCAACUAUGAACCCAUGGGUCAGCGGUGCUGCUGCGCUAGCAGGCGCAGGUAUCAUGGUGGGUUUUAACGGGUUUUGA